ACCAGUUAUGGCGGACUGUUGGCAGGUUUGACUACAGCGGAAUCAUACCACAGUUCAUCUGCUUCUGUUAAUGUGAUGUCGGACAAACGUCAGCGAGCCAGAGUCCAGGGCUCCUGGGCCCAACAGAGACCCAGACCAUCCAGGACCACAGUCCAGAACUCACAGCCGUCUUCAUGGGGAUCUGGACCUCAGAGGACACCCAGGACCUUUGAGUUUCAGCAGCCAGAUAAGCCAAUCAGAGAGGUUCCAGCAGAGACAGUCAUAGAAGAGGCAGGAGUCCAUGAGAUCAGCCAGGGUCCGUCAGGUGUGUCCAGACUGAGGCUCAUUCCUGGGUUCCUCCCUCCACACGAGGCCGACUGGAUCUUCAGUAAACUGUUGGCGGAGCUGCCCUGGUCCCAGAAAACCAACUACAGAGAAGGAGAGGCCUACGACGAGCCCCGACUGACCUGCUGGUUUGGAGAGUUACCCUAUACCUACGCCAAGUCCACCAUGACCGCCAACACCCAGUGGCAUCCUCUCCUGCUGACCCUCCGUGAUGCUGUCAGUCAUCACACCAGCUCCUCCUUUAACUCUCUGCUGUGUAACCUCUACCGUGACGGACAUGACAGCAUCGGUUGGCAUAGCGACGACGAGGCGUCUCUGGGUGAAAAGCCCACCAUUGCGUCCCUCAGUCUGGGAGACACCAGAGUGUUCAGCCUCCGGAAGCAGCCGCCGCCGGAGGAGGACGGAGACUACACGUAUGUCCAGCGGAUACGUGUCCCUCUGAGUCACGGGACAUUACUGCUGAUGGAAGGAGCCACUCAGGAUGAUUGGCAGCAUCGAGUGGCUAAAGAGUACCACGACCGAGGUCCAAGGAUCAACCUGACCUUCAGGACCAUCUACCCUGAACCAGAAGGACACAGACCAGGAACUAGACUGAGAUUCACAGCCAAACAGAUGUAGAGUCCAUCAGACCAGUGUCUUCCUUCUGCUCUCCGUCUCCCUCUGCUGAUUAUGGAUUCGUAUCAGAACCUGACCCACAUACCGAACCUCCUCCUCCUCCUGGUCUGGAUCUGGUCUCCUCUGGACUCUGAGAUGGGACCGAUACUCCACUGGAGCAGUAAUCUGCUUCUUUCAUUUGGUGGGAUGGUUUUAGACAGCGUCCCAUCAGACUGGACUGUGUCCAUUUUAGGCCAAAUAGCACAAGACGUCUGGCUCUGCUCUGGCUCUCACUGCUUUACUUGGCAAAGCAGAACAAAU